UAACCAAUUGCUUCUACCCUACUCGAACUCUGCCGACUUUGUUCUUCGACGAAUUUGAUACGAAUUUUAUUCAUAUCGCCUCCAAAUAAAACAAUCCUCGCAUAUCCCCCCCAAUCCGAGAUUCCGGUGCAAUUUGACGUAGAUGUCGCAAUAGAAUACCAGGCAUCUUUUAAUUCUCAACCAUGAACGAAGGAACGUAUAAUAAUGUUAUUCGGAGCAACAGCCCGUUCUCUCCCAUGACACCGUCUACCGCAAACAGCUACAAGGCGAAUGUAAAUCGAACGAAGACGAGAAAAUGGGUCGAGGCAAAGGUCCAAAACUACGAUGGUGACGAUUGGGGCAACGAGUAUGAGGAAGAAUACGAGGAUCGUGAACCAGAACCUGCACCUCCCACACAGCCAAUGUCGAGGAUUGCCGCUUUACGACAACAAGCAGCGAAUGCCCCCCAACAAAGGGCCUUUUCUCAGCCGACACCCACUGUCGAUUCCACCAAACCUGGACCGUUAGAGGUGAGAAAUGCCAGUGGUCCGCCAGCCCUACAUAUACAGACCGGAGUCGAUCCGAGGUCUCACCUAGCCGGAGCUACUUUGUCUGCGCAGAGCCAAGCCCGCUUUCCACCGCGCGAGAGUAGUAUAAGUCAACAAGAAACUCCGGGUUCAAGAGAUAUUGGUGCGUCUGGGUCAGGUACGGAAUCGGGUAGACCUAGUGUCGAGAGUGGUUAUGGUCGAACUGAUGCCAAUUCUCCAUCAGUAAGCGCGAUCCGCUCUUCGAUAGAACAGCGUCAGAGGUCCAGCUUCGAAAGCCAUAAUAGUUCCGAUAACUCUCGUGGCCUGAAACAAACAUUAGCUCCCGUCGAAGAACAGAAGAAUGGGCCUCGAGCCCUUGCCGACGAGACCGAGUUAGGUCAAAGCCUAGGAAAUCAACGACAUCUAUCCACCAGUCCUAAGCUGCCUGAUCUAGCACGUAUGUCGGGUUUUGGUGAUGAUUUCUUCUCUUCUUCCGGAGGUUCUAGUCCGACGGGGCGUCCUUCUCUUCCCCCAGUCUCGGAUAACCAGCGGACUAGUGUCGCGGGUGCCAAGCCUGGCCCAUCAUCUAGGCCGAAUAACAAUCAGCGUGACACUACAGGACUAUACGAAGAGAAACAUGCCCCUAGUGCAUUAGAAGGGCGAAGGCUCGAACCUAAUCCCAAAAUCAUUAUGCCACCAUCAGACGGUGAUCUAGAGCCGAAGAAAGAAGAUCCCGUAGGAACAUUUCAACAAUCUGCUCCGUCUAGACCUCAGCUUCCUGGGACUUGGGUAUCAGAAACUGUGAGUGCCGGUUCUGAACAUACAACGCCCGCAGAAAAGGCCGAGGGGCCCGUUUCUACGUCUUUGGGCAGCAUUGCAAAUCCUGCUGUGUCUCCAAUAAACAGCAGACACGCAGAGCCCGCUGAUCUUGAGCCAACCACUGCCGUUAAACAUUUGCCAUCAACACAAUCCGAUUCGGAAGCAGCAGCGAACAAUAAAACCGCGCAAGAAUCCGGGGAAGACAGCUUUAAUAGACCCACCGGGAAGCACGACGGUGCUAUAGCAUCCAAAGUCAUUUCUUCUGGACCGGGUUUUCAUCCGACCCAUCAAUUCCUUCCGCCUCUUAAGACAGAAAAUCCCCUUGCUGCAUCUAACGCCGCGCAGAAGGAGAAACAGGACGCACCCGCCAACGAGAUGGCACCGAGAUCUUCAGGUCAAAAUGAUUCACCGUCCCGAGCAACUUUUACUCCGCAUAGCGCGGCCACCACCGGAUCGGCUUUCGCUCCUACCGCACCAUUAAAUCCACGUCGGUCUUUUGCUGCCCCGGCGGAAAUCAUAACCCCGGCAAUACAAGAGCGAAAGUCUACGAUGAGCACCGUUGAUACAGCAUCUCCAGAAAAGGAGAGCGACAAGUUAAGGGAGGAAAUCUUCAAAUCUUUAAGCGCAAGCCCAGCUACGACCACACCUGAUGCGAGCAUUAUUCCGGGCCCAGGUACUGGAGGUUACGAUCCGGUUCCAGGCGCGCUAACUCGUGAGAGCACAUACCUAUCUGGUGUAUAUGAUGAAUACCUAUCACUGCCAGAAGAAAAGUCCCUUCAAGAAACAGGUCAGCUCCUGAAGCAAGGACCUAAAGCAGCUAACGAAACACCGUCUGGACCAAGCAUACAGAGGGAGACCUCUUUCCCACAGAUUGCUCCCUUGAGCCCACGUAGAAGCCCAGUUCAAGAGGCUAACCGCCGGCCAAGACGAUUCUCGUGGGAGAAUAGCGCAGACAAAAGCAUACAGGAACCCGCCAAAGCAGACUCGGCCACCCAGGGUGAAAAUAGGCCGACCCUAGAGUCAGAGCUAGGUGCAGUCAGCACUCCAAGCGCCUUGCAAGUACGACCCGAGGGUCCUAGCCCAGUAUCCCAUCAAGUUUCUCAGAUCAGUAGUCAAAGCCCUGGUGACUUAUCGUCUAUUCUACCUGAACCACUCUCCCCUAUCUCGUUGCCCCCGGAAGCGAUCACGGAUACCCAGGCUUCAAUUCCUGAUAUUUCCCGCCUAUCGUUCGCAGAUGAAAAGGAGAAAGUACUUAUCCAAGAAUCAAUUCAUGCGCCGUCUGUCGAACAUCAUCCCGCUCUAUCUGAUCCAAUAGAGCUGGCCCGUACUCCGUCCCCCACUAUCACAUCAGCCCCAACAGCCCAAUCAGCGUCAAAUGCGAAGGUUAUGGCCUUUAGAGAUAUUCUCAACCUUGUGUCGAUCGAACAGAGAAUCGGGAAGUUCGAAGAGACGCAGAAUCAAUUUUACUCGAUGGAAUCGGGUCUGUCGAAUUGGCUUUCGUAUAUGCAAAGCCAGCCAGAGCUCGGAGCUGGUAUAGUACCACUAGGGGGCCAGCCCAUGGCUCAAGGUCAAACGUCUCCGUCUGGUACCCAGCCGCCAACUCAACAACCUUACUACCAGCAAUACCUGAAUGCUAGUAACCCGAGUGCACCACCGACGCAAAUUGGCAGGAUGCCAAGUGGCAGUCUACAGCAUAAGUUUACAGGACAACCUAUGAGUAGUUUUGGUCCUUCCGGCAAGGAGGUCGGGGCAAAGAGUAAGGAGCUUCUACAAGCAGCGGGGGCAUUCGGAAACAAGGGUGUGAAGUCUGGUAUGAAGCUAUUCAACAAAGGAAAGAAUAAGCUUCGUGGGACAGGCGAUAAGGUGUUCUUUUAACGCUACGAUUCUCUUCUCUUGCUCUUUUACUCGAUUGGGGAGGCGGCAUGGGACGGCGGCAGUGCAUUGCUUUUGGGACAACAUAUUUCGAAUGGAUUUCUUUUAAUAUGAAAUUGGUGAGGCUGAUGGACGGGAGAACACUAUCCUGUCACCUCGCAGGCAGAUUCGUGUCGUUUUCGGCACCUCACAAGUCUCGCGAACUGCCUGCCUGUACUUCUCAUAUGUAUUGUACUGGUUCAUCUCGCGGGUAUGCAUGUUUGCAGAUCGGAUUGAACAAAAGGGAGUAAGUAGGUCGGGGGGAUAGGAUGUACGAUUUAUUGAGAAGGUGUAUUUGAUGGGUCAUGGAUGGAAAUAAUUCGAUCUAUCUAAAUACAGCAGUUGUGAAA